AUGGGUACCCUUACCAUGUAUCGCGGGGUGCCGCACAGGACCUUCGCCUCGCUUUCCCCAGAUCUUCUUCUCGUGUGGACGUAUUCCUUGCUCGAGGAGAUUCAAGUCGUUUUCUCGCUGCACGCCACGGCUCCUUCGCUUUUCUCACAGAUCUGCCCCCUUGCCUCUUCCUCCACUCCCGACGCGUUUGUGCUUCUUCAAAAGGACGGCUGCAUAACGAUCUGGGCCUCGAGCCUAAGAGGGACAGGCAGAGACCCCUGGGACCGCCCAGUCGCCUCUGCCUCGCCUCCGUCUCCGCGUGUGUCGCCACCGAAGGGACAGGCGAGAAGCACGGCGGCCGACGCUGUGUCGAAGCACGAGGGCGAGAAGGCGACCAGAGAAGCUCCGCAGCGUCCAACGUUUUUUCGGCCUGUUGCUCGAUGGUCAACUCCGCCUCUCCAGGCCCUGUCGUGUUUUUCGCCUCGGGGCCGUUUGGGCCACGAACCCGAUGCGUUCCUGCCGGAACGCGUUCACUUUUCGGGAACUUCCUGCUGCUCUGUCUGCUUACCUGCGUUUUCUCCGACCUCCUUCCCAGGGUCGUUGUGGCGCACCAAAGACUCGUCGCGAUGGGCGUCUGUCUCCGAACCCACAAGGGGGUUAUCUACGCAUUUCCCUUCUCUUGUCCCUCCCGCGGGCCUCCUCGGUGCUUCCGGCCUUGGUACCUGCGGGAGCAGUCGCUGGGUCUCGGAGACGACGAACGGAAAAGCGUCGACCGGGGGGAAGAAACUUGCCCCCCCGAUCGUCGCAGAAACGUCGUCGCCUAUUCUGCAGGCGAAGCCGCUUGUCUUGGUGGACGAACAGGAAGAGGAUCCACACGGAGACGCAGGACAGGAACAAAGACGCACAAGAGAACGCAGGGGGCUAGGACUGAUUCUGGAAGAAGGCGCCUUCGUGGUGGUCGACUUGGCGACGCUCGGAGAACGCCUCCGAUUAGAGGAGGCAGGCCGCGCAUUUGUUCAGGUGGAGACGGACCACAGAAACAAUGGCCUGUCGCUUUCUAUCCGUCUUGUGUUUCCCAGGUUCCUUUUUCUCCUCCUGUCUGACGGGUGCACAAUGAUGUUCGAUUUCUUCGAGUCUCUGAGGCUCUCUGAGCGCCACAGGCAAGCAGGAGUGCUGAGGGGUGGUUGCCUCUCCCUGCUGUACCCCGUGCUUCCUUCUUGCCCCCCAUCACUUACCCUCCCGGCGUGCCUCCAAGCGGUCGUCGGCGCCGACGCAUGCAUGCUGUCCGGAGUCGGAGUUGCCGGGUUACUCGGCCGAGUGGCGAGAACAGAGAACCCGCGGAACGAAGGCAGAAAUCCCUGGCACAUGCUUUGCCUCCCCCUCCCCCCCCUCCGUGUGUGUCAUGUCUCUUAUUUCCCUCGGGCGCUCUCCCUGGAAGGGCGCCCGACUUAUCCUUUGGUUCCUCUUCUCCUUCUUGUUCCCCGGUGUCAUCGGUGCUUUCGGAUUUUUUGUCCCCUGCGACACUCUCUGCGCGAGAAUUCCGGAAUCCGGCGCCGCAAAGCGCCCGAUCCAGUAGCGUCUCAGACAGCCUUUCUGGUCUGUACGGAGACGCAAGCCCUGGGAGAGGAGACGGUCUUUCUUCUCCUGGAGAAGAUGCUGAAGCAACUACAGCAGUGCCUAUGGUGUUCUCUUCUCCAGGCUGUUCCCCCCCGUGGAGCCCCGCAGGCGCGCAGGCGAGAAAUAACGUUCCGGUCGGUAGUUGAGGGUCAUGGGGCGAUACUAGGACUUUCUGUUUGUAUUCGCGAGACCGGAAGAGUGCUUUUUCAUCAACCCUUUCGUCUGGGUUCCUUAUAG